UCCGCCAUGGACGCUGAGUCCGUGUCCCCCGAGCCCGGCCCAGCGCGGCUAGCCGUCCUGGGCGUCCCGCAGGCCGAGGUGCUGGAGGACGUGCUCCGAGAGCAAUUCGGGCCUCUGCCCCAUCUGGCCGCCAUCUGCCGGCUCAAGCGGCUGCCCUCGGGCGGCUAUUCGUCCACCGAGGACCUCCAGUUGGUGCUGGAGCGGCGGCGUGUGGCCAAUGCCAAGGAGCGCGAGCGGAUUAAAAAUCUCAACCGUGGCUUUGCCAAACUGAAGGCACUUGUGCCAUUUCUUCCCCAAAGCAGAAAGCCUAGCAAAGUUGAUAUCCUUAAAGGUGCAACUGAAUACAUACAAGUUCUCAGUGAUGUUUUGGAAGGAGCCAAAGACUCAGAGAAACAAGACCCAGAUAAGCAGAACUAUAGCAACAGUACUCCCGAACCACAUAUAUCCUUGGCUAGAGAGCUAUCAAAAGACAUCCAACAUACCAGCUGUGCUGUUGGCUUGAAGAAUGAAGAGGAAGGGCCCUGGGCAGAUGGCGGCAGUGGUGAGCCAGUAUAUGCUUGCUGCAAGAGCAUGCCACCUGUGACUAGGAGUUACUUCACUGGCCAGGAGUCUGCUACUCACAUGUGGAAGAUGAGUCUGAGACAUUUGCCUCAUUGGGGUGAUCUGAGGAUAGAGUUGCAGAAGUAGAAUUCCUGGAUCACAGACUCCUACAAAUACACAAGAGAAAAGGCCCAGGGUUACCUUCUAAGAACAAAUAAACACAGUCUUGAAAGUU